AUGGAAGCGUCAAACAGGAAUGUUACCAGUCCGACCCGCAAAGUCCAAGCAAUCAUCCAGAACAGUCCUCUGGACCUAAUAGACAUGGGCAAGGGGCUGAAGGUCCAGACCGACAAGCCACAUCUGGUGAGCCUGGGCAGUGGCCGGCUCAGCACUGCCAUCACCCUCCUGCCCCUAGGAGAGGGGAGGACGGUGAUUGGCUCGGCUGCUAAGGACAUUGUUCUGCAGGGGGCUGGGUUGGCCUCUGAGCACUGCUACAUCGAGAACGUGUGUGGGACCCUCACCCUGCACCCCUGCGGGAAUGCCUGUGCCGUUGAUGGCCUGCAGGUUAAGCAGCCCACUCGCCUGACCCAAGGGUGCAUGAUCUGCCUGGGGCAGUCAACCUUCCUCCGGUUUAAUCACCCUGCUGAGGCCAAGUGGAUGAAAAGCAUGAUCCCAGCUGCAGAAAGGAGUCCUGGGGCCCCAUAUGGACUCACGGCAGAAUCGGAGAGUCUAGUGAAUGGCAACCACCAGCUGUCUCUGAAUGAUGUCCAUAAGGGGCAGGGAGUGAGGCCCCGGCCCAGCCACAGCUCCCUGGUCAGCUCCAUCGAGAAGGACCUGCAAGACAUCAUGGACUCUUUGGUGAUGGAGGACUCGAGCUGUCCCAGGAAAAAACUCUCUGCCAAUGCCCAGUCCCCUGUGUCCUCAGUGGUGAAUGGUGGUGGGCACUACUUCUUGUCCCCACCCUUGAGCCCUGGGGCCAUGUCUGUGGGCUCCAGCUAUGACAACGCAUCCCCGCCCUUCUCCCCGCUUUCAUCCCCAGCCAGCAGUGGCAGCUGCACUAGUCACUCUCCCAGUAGCCAGGAGCAGGGGCCACCCAUCCCCCCAGUGGUGCCAGUGAGAUCUUCCAGCUACAACCAUGCCAUGCAGCCCCCACAGCAGCGGCCACCUCCACCUCCAUGUGGGGGCUCCAGCCUGGACCUGAGGAGCAGCACCAUAGGCACAAGUGGGACACAUCUUGCAGAGAGUCCCAAGAUGCAAAGGAGGGCAGUGCAUGGCAUUCCCCUGAGCCCCAAGCCUGGCCAGAGAGCCCUGCACCCUGAAGGCCCUGGGCUUUCAGCCUUCUCCAGCACCCGGAGAGCUGCUGAGAGCACACAGCUGGGCCAUCCUAACCAGUACGUGCCCCUGGUGUCUGUAAGCCCGAGCGACUAUGUAGCAGGGAGCCCCCAGGCUCAGCCUACCAACAUCCCCAACAGCCCCCGGCUGGCACCCAAAUUUCAGUCACCGUCUUCUCAGAGGUUGAAAAUUGUGGCUCUUCAAGAGCGUCCACCCAGCCCCUGCAGGGAGGGCAGGGAGCCCCCUGGCAUUGACAGGCACCUGGCCUCCAGCCCCUCCCGGCAGGUGUUGGCAAGAGGCUUCCAGCCACUGGAGACUGUGGGUUUCAUCCACGUCAAUCAGGACAGCCGCUCUCUGCAGCCCCCUGAGAGUCCCAGAAUGGGCAGAAGGAGCGUGGAGAGCAUGAGGGAUUUGCCUCCCCUCAGCCCUUCCCUGUCUCGCCGGGCAGCACCCCUGCCCUCUGCCUUGUCUCCCCAAACCAAACUGGCCAAGGAGGUUCCUGAGAGCCCUCGCAUCCGGCGCAAGGCAGCCAGGCCCCUGGAGAGGCAUGAAGACUUCUCCUCCUCGUCCUCCUUGACGGGGAAGAAUUUGAGAACCAGGAGCCCCUCACCCAUCUUCCAGGCAGAACUUGCCUCCCAGCGUAAGCCCAGCUUUGGCAUCACCCUCAGCCCUGCAUACAGCCUGGGAUCGCUGGUUGUGCCCUCGCCCCGUCAGAGCCCCCGGGCACAGAGGAAGCUGUCAGGAGAUCUGCGGCUGCCUGUGAGUACGAGGGAGCGCAAGAACAGCAUCACUGAGAUCAGUGACAAUGAGGAUGACCUGCUAGAGUAUCACCGACGCCAGCGCGAGGAGCGGCUGCGUGAGCAGGAGAUGGAGCGCCUGGAGCGCCAGCGCCUGGAGACCAUCCUGAACCUGUGUGCGGAAUACACCAGAACUGAUGGCACCACAGACACAGGCAACUCGCACCAGCACUUCCCGAGUGACGGAGAUGCCACCAUCAACAUCCUGACAGCCAGGCGGCACUCCAAGGGCUCAGCCAGCCUGGCUGCCUUGGGCCUUGGCAAGGCCAUAGAGGAGACUGGAGAGGCCACAGGGCCCCAGCAGAGGGAGAGCCUGGAGAAAUCAGAUGAGGAGAAUCUGAAGGAGGAAUGUAGCAGCACAGAGAGCACGCACCACGAGCACGAGGACUCGACAGGCUCCAAGACCAAGGAGGCUGCCCUGCUGGAGGAGGAAUGGGUGCGGGUGCUGGGCCACGUGGAUGAGCUCAAGAGCCAUGUCAAGGAGCUGGAGCAGCAGCUGCAGGAGUCGUCUCAUGAGGCGGAGAUGGAGCGGGCACUGCUGCAGGGGGAGCGGGAGUCGGAAAUGAUACAGCUGCAGCAGGAACAGAAGAUCGUGCAGCAGCUGCAAGAGAAACUGUGCGAGCUGGACUCCAGCAUCCAGAAGGAGCGGGACAAGGAGGCAGAGGCCCUGGAGACGGAAACCAAGCUGUUUGAGGACUUGGAGUUCCAGCAGCUUGAAAAGGAGAGUCGCUUGGAGGAGGAGCGUGAGACCGUGAGCCAGCAGCUCCUGCAGAGCAAGGCUGAGUGCCACCGCAGUAUCGCCAAGAGGAAGGAGCGGGUGGCUGCAUUGGAAAGCCAGGCCAAUCACAUCCGGCUCCAGGCUGCCCAGGACUCUGAGCGCCUUGCCAAGGAGAAGAAUACCAUGCUGCAGCUGCUGCAGAAGGAGAAAGAGAAGCUUGUCUCCCUGGAGAGACGGUACCAUCUUGUUACUGGCGGCAGGAGCUUCCCCAAAACAUCAUCUGCGCUCAAAGAGAUGGAGAAGCAGCUUCAGGGGGGCCCAGUGCAGCUUUCUGCCCUGGAUUUAGAGAAGUGGUACAUGGCUCGCUUCGAGGCCUCCUCCCCUGCCUCUCCUCACUCCUCCCCUCCUCCUCUUCCUGCUAAAGCUCACUCUUCUCGAAAGCUGUUCCAGGUCUAUCGUGCUAAGAUGGACAGCGACACCGGCAGCACCCUCCCACGCACAAAGAGCGGGUCUGCAUCAUCCUUGCAGCUCAGUGUGGCCACGCUGGGACGCAGCUCCUCCCCAAAGGGUCCCCUGCACCCACAGAAUGGCACAGGUAGCCUGCCACGGAACCUGGCAGCCACACUGCAGGACAUCGAGACCAAACGCCAGCUGGCCCUGCAGCAGAAGGGGCAGCAGGUGAUUGAGGAGCAGAAGCGGCGCCUGGCGGAGCUGAAGCAGAAAGCGGCUGCUGAGGCACAGUCCCAGUGGGAAGCCCUGCACGGGCAGCCUCACUACCCCCCUUCUUCCUACCCUCCGCUCAUGCAUCACUCCAUUCUCCAUCAUCAUCCUCCCCAUGGCAUCGGGCACCGGGCCGAGGACAUGGACCACGCCUAUGACACACUCAGCCUGGAGAGCUCAGACAGCAUGGAAACCAGUAUCUCCACUGGUGGCAACUCAGCCUGCUCGCCUGAUAACAUGUCCAGUGCCAGUGGGGUGGAGGCAGUGAAGAUCGAGGAGAUGGAGAAGAUGCUGAAAGAGGCCCAUGCAGAGAAAUCUCGCCUGAUGGAGUCACGGGAGCGGGAGAUGGAGCUGCGGCGACAGGCCCUGGAGGAUGAGCGCAGGCGGCGGGAGCAGCUGGAGCGGAGGCUGCAGGAUGAGACGGCUCAUCGGCAGAAGCUGAUUGAGAAGGAGGUCAAGAUGCGAGAGAAGCACUUCUCCCAGGCACGGCCCCUGACCAGGUAUCUCCCCAUCCGCAAGGAGGAUUUUGACUUGAAGACACAUAUUGAGUCCUCAGGCCACAAUGUGGACACCUGCUAUCAUGUCAUCCUGACCGAGAAGAUGUGCAAGGGCUAUCUGGUCAAGAUGGGUGGCAAGAUCAAAUCCUGGAAGAAGCGUUGGUUCGUCUUCGACCGUAUGAAACGCACAGUCUCCUACUAUGUCGAUAAACAUGAGACGAAGCUCAAGGGAGUGAUCUAUUUCCAAGCCAUAGAGGAGGUUUAUUAUGACCAUCUCCGCAGUGCUGCUAAGGAACAAGCUCCCUAUGUUUUUCUCUCCCCUCUGCAGAGUCCCAACCCAGCUCUUACCUUCUGCGUCAAGACCCACGACCGCCUCUAUUACAUGGUGGCACCAUCAGCUGAGGCCAUGAGGAUCUGGAUGGAUGUCAUUGUGACUGGGGCAGAGGGCUACACCCAGUUCAUGAAUUGA